UUGGAGAUGCUGUUUGCGUCACAAGCAAGUUCAGUAGAAGAAGUAUGUUACACUAGAUGAGACAGUCUCUAGGAGCUGGGUCGGAGACGAGACCUGUGAGAAAAAUGGAGGAGGACAUUAGAAAGAAGGGGAUGCUGUAUUUACAACAGCAGCGGUUUGGGAAGAAAUGGCGAAAGGUCUGGUCUGUGUUGUACCGAGAGAGCUCCUGCUCCAUCUCCCGGCUUGAGUUCUUUGAGUUUAAAGAUGGAGUUGGCAACACGCUGGAGAAAGCCAACCGCAAACAGGAAAACAAAAAGGUGAUAAAAAUGAACGACUGCAUUCGUGUUUCGGAGUCUGAUGUCGAAGGCUGUCCACGGGAUUGUGGACCCUUUUUGGUGGAGACAACAGAAAAGACAUUUGUUUUCGCUGUCGAGUCAGCUGAACUGGAUGACUGGAUCCAGAAACUGUGUGAAAUCGCCUUUCCGAUGAGCUGGGCAGACAGAGGAGCAGUGAGAGGAAACAGUUUACAUGGUGAAUAUGAAGAUGUAACAAUGGCGGACAACACCCUCUACUGCAGCAGAGAAACUGCAAUGAAAGACUUUAAGGUGACAGUGAGGCGCACAGAGGCUUCUGAGCGAUGCAAUCUGAAAGGAACAGUGCUGUUACGGACUGAUUCUGAUAGCCUUCUUCUGAAAGAACCUAAGACAGGAGAGGUUCUCUACUCCUGGCCCUACCGUUUCCUCCGCAGGUUCGGACGAGACAAGGCAACAUUCUCCUUUGAGGCUGGGCGAAGAUGCGACUCUGGGGAAGGCAACUUUGAGUUCGACACAAAACAAGGCAAUGCCAUUUUCCAAUCUGUAGAGGCCGCCAUCAAUCUACACAGAGUCCAUUUACCUGUGAAGCAGAUAUCAAGUGUGGAACGAGAUCCCAUGCCCUCUUCACCUCGAAUGAGAGCUGAGGAUUCGUCUGUCUAUAGUAUGGUGACUGACGGAACAAUCAGAGACUGUCCCAAACCACCCCAGAACCCUCAGAUUUCCAGACUUGAAGCCCCUACAGAGAAGCUUCUCACGGGAGUCAAGAGUCUGACCCUGGACACCAGGCCUCCGCCACGUAAGAGCCAAGUCAAGAACUUCCGCAGCUGUCCCUUGGCUAACACAGAGGAUGAGAUGUAUUCCCGGGCCAUGGCGCCGGAUCCAGAUCGGGGAAGUCCAGGGGAAAAGAGAGAACCAAUAGACAGACGUUCCACAUGCUCCAACCCUGAGGACUCAGACUACUCGCUGCCCUUUGACACCAUUGCCAAGAAUGUUAUGGUAGACAUUUUGUCCGCAUCAAACCCUCCACCUACUUUAGUGGAACCCAGUUGUGAAAAUGACAAGAAAGGCAAUGUUGAAAACACAGAACCGCUUUAUGACAGUAUAGAUGAAACUGCUAUCAGAACCCGUUUCACAAAGAGAAAAACAAAUUCUUACAAAGUGGAGCACAUUUAUGAUGAACCGGAAGGUUGCGGUGUGGCCCCAAGUGUGCCUCCAUCUCUCUAUGAUGAACCGGAGGAGGUCAAAGGUCAUGCUUGGAAGAUGUUGGGCACAGUAAUGGAUCCAACUGGUCACGAGUACCCAUACAACGCUUCUGCCGACGACUACGCGGUUCCUAAACCUCCCAGGAGAGCCUUGCUGUCAAAGCAAAAGGACAGUGAGGAAGAAGACGGUUCACCAUAUGAUAACAUCAUGGUGAAAGUGACGCAAAAAAAUAACUAAGAACUGCUUCAGAAUCUUAUAUAUGAGUAACCAUAAUGAUUGGUGAUGCUCAGUUAUGUGGCAUCUCCACUACAGAGACAAUGAAGUGAAAUAUAAUUGAGUGUGUGAAUGAAUGAAUGAAUGAAUGAAUGAAAUAUUUAAUCAAAUAAUGUGCAGAAUGGAUAAUAGUUAUCAGAGUGCUUUACUGUUCUCCAAAAAGCUUUGAUCUAUGAAAGCUUGUUUCCACAGAAUAAAAAGGGUAAUUGUGACUUUUUAUCUCACAGUUCAGACUUUUUCCCCCCUUAGAAUUGCAAGUUUAUAUCUCGCAAUUCAGACUUUAUAACUCGCAAUUGCUAUUCUGAGAAAAAAAAAAAAUUGAAUUGCAAGAACUCGCAAUUUUGACUUUAUUUAUCAGACUCCUAGUUUAAAACUCACAGUUCUGUUUUUUUCUUCUUCUUGGAAUUGUGAGAUAUAAACUCGCAAUUGCAAGAAAAACGUCAGAAUUGUGAGUUAUAAACUCGCAAUUGCUAGUUAUAAAGUCAGAAUUGUGAGAUAAAAAGUUGCAAUUACCUUUAUUUUUUAUUCCAUGGCAGAGUCAAGCUUUAUUAGUAAUCUGCAGCACAAAUCAUAAUGUUGGUCAAUAUGACAAACUCUAUUGAACAAAAACUAUUAAAUUCCACGCCAACAUUAAAUCUCUAUUGGCCGAAAUCACUAAACAGUUGCAUCACUUUUUCGCUGUAUUUCAGAGCAAAAACCUGCAUCUUAUGCUCUAACCACCCACAAACCAGUUUCACAAAUAACUAAAUGUGCUAGAAUGGAGCUGUCUUGCAAAUGUUUAAAUUGUCGUUUUUUUUUUGUUUUUUUUUAAAAUCACAACCAUGCUCCUUUUUAUGUAAAUUAGGCUCAUUAUAGCACCUUAUUCACAAAACCGCCCACUUUUGUAUUUUUAAAGAACACCUGUAAUCCACUUUAACCAGAAGCCAAAUGAGUUAAAAUAGCGCUACGCAAUGAAUAUCCUCUUUUUUUAAAGUGCAAACACACCUCUUUUUAUGUAAAUUAGGUUAAUUAUAGACUACACCUUAUUCACAACAUAUCGCUAUUUGCCAGAGCGAUUGAUGUUGUUGAUUCGGUGAACAGUUAUUUGUAAAAUUUUUAUUUAUUCAGGCAAGCACACUUUUGGAUUUUUAAAGAGCACCCAAAAUGAAUAUUCUUAUUUAAGCACAAGCACUCCUUUUUAUGUAAACUAGGCUCCUUAUAAACCAUACCUUAUUCACAACACACAUCUCUAUUUGUCAUUGUGGUAACACUUCAGUAUGGGGAACAAUUAUCACUUUUAGCUAGUUGCUUAUUAGCCUACAUAUUGGCUGUUUAUUAGUACUUAUAAAGCAUAUGUUAAUGCAUUAUUCUGCAUGAACAUAUUCUACAUCCCUUAAUCCUACCCAAACUUAACCACUACAACAACUACCUUAAUAACUAUUAAUAAGCAGUAAAUUAGGAGUUUGAGGGAAAAAUCAUAGUUAAUAGUGAAUGUGUUCCCCAUACUAAAGCGUUACUGUCAUUGUGAUCAUCGUUGCGUUUUAUUGAUUAUAUGAACAUUUGUCAAAUUGUAUUCAUUUAGACAAGCCUAAUUUUAGCUGUUUAAAGGGCAACCACAAUCCAGUUUAACCAGUUGCUAAAUGCUCUAGUAGUGAUUCAAAGUGAAUAUUAUUUUGUUUUAAGUGCAAACUCAUGCAAACUCAAACUUUUCAUGAAAAAUGUAUAUAUUAGGCUUAUUUUAGACUUCACCUUAUUCACAACAUGCAUCACUAUUUGCCAGUGCAAUUAACAUGGCAUUAUAUUGAUCAUGUAAAAUAUAUAUAUGUUUGUGUUUGUGUGUGUGUGUGUGUGUGUGUGUAUAUGUGUAUUCAGAUGAGCACUCGCAAUCCAAUUUAAGUAGCGAUGCACAGUGAUUAUUUGUUUUUCUUUAUGCAAACAUGUCUCCUUACUAUGUAAAUUAGGCUCAUUAUAGAUAAUGUUUUAUUCACAAAACUUUCACAUUUUAAUGAGCCAAUUCAGGUGUCCGAAUCUGUAUAAAAAAUGAUAGCAGAUUGUGGUAGUCUGUUGUAUCCUCCACAACCUAGCACUUAGAACCAACCAUCAAGAUGGGGAUUUGCACGAAGCAUUUGCGUUCAGCACAAAUUCUGUGGCUGUGUUUACACUGUUAACUAAUUUGCAUAGGUCUAAGCACAAUCGCUAAAACAGGGCUAUCAGCAGGCGCAGUAGUGAAUUCCUCACUAAGUGUCCAAAUAGCAAGUGACCGUAUCUACUGUGACCUAAGGCGUAGUUGAUUUUAUCCGGUUGUAAAUCAAAUAGUAAUUUAGCUUUGAUUGAACAUGGGGCUCUAAUAGCCCUGCUUUUGUCUUUUCUUUUCUUUUUUUUUUUGUUCUCAUUUUAACGGGGCUGUGAUGGGAGCUCACACAGGUAAUUAAAGUUCUGCAGAUCUCUUCCAAAAUGGAUGACGCCCAUUACUUAAUCCUAUGCUUGCUAAUGAUGGACAAGGGAGUUCCGCCGAGUGUCAUGGUAUUAUUCAGGCCAGACUCUGACUUUCCCCUCUCACAGGCUUCCUAUUUUGAGGAACACAUGAAUAAUAAUAACUUGACUUGCAGAGGGAAACUGGGGCACUGUUAGGAUUCUGCUGGGCUCCCUGCUUGUCACGGUUCAUGAGUCCCACUCAGUCCGAGACUUUUAAAAGUCUAAAAACACUUUACAGCUUUUAUCCAUUCAGUUUCUGUUUCUUGUUUCAGAGCAUUCCAGAAAUAUGAACUGCAUUGCAUGUGAUGUGAAUUGUUUAUAUGUAUCUUUCUGUACAUUUUAAAUGCAGACAGCAUACUGAAAUAGUUGUAAUUAGAAUGCAUAUAGCUCAGAGAAUAAGUGAGGUCAAUGUAAAGCUAUUUGCCGCCAUCAGACUGCAGAGGGCGGUACACCAGGAUGUGGCGGGAACAGUUUUGUGCAACUCAUCAACUGAAUAAAGUAGUGCAGACUUACACACUGAUGCACUUAUUCCAGCUUUGGCAGUCUGGUGUGAGAUGAGCUCUUUGCCGAAAUGCUGUAAAAAAUGAAAGCUUUGCUGAGCACUGACUCUAUGGCCUAGUUCCUUGUUGUGUAAAAUAGUUUGUUGAACACCAGGGGGCACUGUUUCUCCUCAAUAGGUAACCUCUGCAAAAACACUGCUUGGUUGGAGUCAUGGUGUGCAUCAUUGGUGAGAGAGUCAAAAGCUUCAGGGGUGUUGAUUUUAUUUUUUUUAAUAAUAAAAAUAUUCUCUCUUAUUGUUGCACAGAAA